UUUCGUGAAAUUAUAUUAUAUAUCACUGAACCCGCUUCAUUCUGAGACUCCGCCUCCUUCUGCUCGUGACGUAAUCCGUACACCCAAUAGGAGAGGACGCUUAUAUCACGUGACACGAGGUCAAACGCUCCUGUAAACAGACUCAGCUGGAGGACAGCGCGGCGCCAUGUUGCUGCUGCCGCGGGCUGUGACGUCAGCCUGCAGGCGCGCGGACGGGGGCCGACGGUACUUCUGGGGGUGGCUGAACGCAGUUUUCAACAAGGUGGACCACGACAGGAUCCGGGCGGUCGGUCCGGACCGAGCUGCUGCCGAGUGGCUGCUCCGCUGCGGCGCCAAAGUCCGGUUUCAGGGUUUCGACCGCUGGCAUCUGGACUACAACGCCCUGCCGACGGGGCCGCUGGGCCGGUACAAGAUCCAGGCCAUCGACGCCACGGAGUCCUGCAUCAUGGUCCGAGGGUUCGAGCACCUGGAGGGCCUGGAGCACCUGGAGGAGAUCAAACUCUGCAGGUGUAUGUACAUCCAAGACGCCUGUCUGGAGCGGCUCAGCUCCAUCCAGAACCUGCAGCAGAGCCUGUUCAUGAUGGAGCUGGUGUCGUGUGGAAACGUGACGGAUAAGGGCGUGGUCGCCCUGCACCGGCUCAGGAACCUGGAGUAUCUGUUUCUCAGCGAUCUCCCUGGAAUCAAAGACAGGCAGGCGACCGUAGACCGACUGCAGAGGGCGCUGCCGCGCCUGGACGUCUCUCUGGACCUGGACCCGUCAUAGAACUGAUCCACUUCAGUUCCUUCAGGACACAAAGACGCUUCAGACGGACAGUUUUCAGUUUUCUGAACUUUAUUUAGAGAUUUCUACAUCAGACAAGCAGUGAGUGAAAAUCUUCAGUUUUUGGCAUUUCUCAUUAAAUUACGGCGAGGGAUUUCUGCUGCUGAGAAAGAGGUUGAAUAUUUGUGAGUGCCGUGAAUAAAUAUGUCUGAAACGUU